AUGGGAGUUGCUGGUUCUUCUAAGAAAAGGGUUCGUAGUAUGACAAUCAUAAUAGCAGCAUCCAUAUCAGCUGCAAUAUUAUUCUUCUGCGUCUUCACUGUCAUUCUUCGCCUGAGAAGGAGGUCUUCUCAGCAAAAUGUUGAAGCACCCGAAAUAAAAAUGGAGAGAGCUCCCAGCAACACCAGCAUCGCUGCUCUGGAGAGCAGUUUCAUUCCAUACAUGAGAAUUAAUGAUAUUGACCCAUUCCAAACAGAGAGGCCUGUCAUUUUUAGUUUGAAAGUAGUUGGAGAUGCUACAGCUAAUUUCGAUGAGAAAAGAAAGAUCAGCGAGGGAGGAUAUGGCAGUGUUUACCUUGGUUUCAUAGGAGCACAUGUUGAGUUGAUUGGUUAUGCUGCUGGGGAUGAUCACCUGUACCUUGUGUAUGAAUAUGUCCAGAAUGGAUCACUUAGUGAGCAUCUACAUGAUCCGUUGCUGAAAGGCCAUCAACCUCUUUCAUGGACCGCUAGAACACAGAUAGCAUUGGAUGCAGCACGUGGUAUUGAGUACAUUCAUGAUCAUACUAAGGCCUGUUAUGUGCAUCGUGGCAUCAAAACAAGCAAUAUUCUGCUCGACAAUGGAUUAAGAGCUAAAGUUGCAGAUUUCGGACUAGUGAAGCUUGUUGAGAGUAGUGAUGAAGAAGAAUCACCGUCAGUUCUUGAACUUCACAUGACUACCAAGUCUGAUGUGGAUGCAUUUGGAGUAGUUCUUGCAGAGCUCAUUACUGGACUCCGUGCACUUAUCCGGGAUAACAAAGAAGUCAACAAGAUGAAGUCAAUAAUCUCAAUUAUGAGGAAAGUCUUCAAAUCAGAAGAUCUAGAGAGCUCAUUGCAAACAGUUAAAGAUCCUAACUUGAAGGACAGCUAUCCCAUAGAAGAAGUGUGCAAGAUGGCAAAUGUUUCAAUGUGGUGCCUAAGUGAGCAUCCAUUGAACCGGUCUGAGAUGAGGGACAUCAUGCCAACUCUGUGUCAAAUCCAUCUCACCUCUAUUGAGCGGGAAGCAUCACUUGGAGGUGAUGGCGAAGUAUUUAGUGGUGUUUCCUAUGGUAGAUGA